UCGUCACUCUCUCCCUCUCAACAGUUCUCCGGAAGACGGCACUGACGACGUAAGAGGGAAUUGCCGGCACUCUGUCUCUACCUUCUUCCUCCAAAUUAAACAAUCAACUUGCCUCUCUGCCUUUCUCUCUGUUGGGUAAGCUCCUGAUCUCCGCUACCACCAUGUGCGAGGCGAAGCGACCCAUGGAGGAGGAAGCGGCCAGUCUCCUAAAAUCCGACCAAGAGCACCAGCCCCAAAGCCUCCAUGACCAGCCCGAGCCAACCUUGCUCACCCCUUUCAUCGACGCCAAGCCCCAUGAAUUCGCUGCCAAGAAGGACCCUCUGUCCCACCUGGAGGAAGGCGGCGACGCCGCGGAGUUCCGCCGCCCUGAAGACUCCGUCGCCUCCGGUUACGUCAGAGAGCUCUACGACCUCGGCCGCAUAGCCCUCCCCAUGGUCCUCAACGGCCUCUUCCUGUACUCCCGAACUUGGGUAUCCAUGGUCUUCCUUGGUCGCCUUGGCGGCCUCCCGCUAGCCGGCGGAUCCCUCGCCAUCGGCUUCGCCAACAUCACCGGCUACUCCAUCAUCUCCGGUCUCGCAAUGGGAAUGGAGCCCAUCUGCGGCCAGGCCUUCGGCGCCAAGAAGCACUACCUCCUCGGCAUCACCUUCCACCGCGCCAUCCUCAUGCUCCUCUGCGCCUGCAUUCCCAUCUCCCUCCUCUGGCUUAACAUGCACAGGAUCUUAAUCUUCCUCGGCCAGCAGCCGGACAUCGUCGAGCUCGCCCACUACUACAUUGUUUACUCCCUCCCCGACCUCUUCGCCCAAGCCCUGUUGCACCCACUUCGCGUCUACCUCCGCACGCAGACCCUCACCAUGCCCAUCACCUACUGUGCACUGGCCGCCAUAGCCCUUCAUUUUCCCGUCAACUACCUCCUGGUCACCGUCUUCGACAUGGGUAUCCGCGGUGUCGCCCUUAGCGCCGCCUGGACCAACGUCAACAUUGUUCUCUGCCUCCUCUGCUAUGUCUGCUUCUCGAAGGCCUGUAAGUCGUCCCGAGUUCGAAUUUCCACAGAGUGCCUGAGGGACUGGUACUCGCUUGUCAGCCUCGCCAUUCCCAGCUGCGUCUCCGUCUGCCUGGAGUGGUGGUGGUACGAGAUAAUGAUCCUCCUCUGCGGCCUGCUGCUCAACCCCAAGGCGACGGUGGCUUCUAUGGGCAUCCUCAUCCAGACCACUUCCCUCAUCUACAUCUUCCCUUCCUCCCUGAGCUUCGGCGUGUCAACGAGAGUGGGAAACGAGCUCGGAGCGAACCGGCCGGACAGGGCGAAGAAAUCGAUGGUGGUCGGCCUUUCCUGCAGCUUCGUCCUGGGCUUCGUCGCAUUGUGCUUCACCACCACGGUGAGGAAGAGCUGGGCGACGAUGUACACGACGGACCCGGAGAUCCUCAGGAUCACGGCCAUGGUGCUGCCGAUCAUUGGGCUGUGCGAGCUCGGAAACUGCCCGCAGACGACCGGCUGCGGUGUGCUGAGGGGGACGGCGCGGCCAAGGACAGGGGCCAACAUCAACCUCGGGUGCUUCUACCUAGUGGGGAUGCCGGUGGCGGUGCUGCUCGCGUUCGUGAUGGGGUUCGACUUCAAGGGGCUAUGGCUGGGGCUCAUGGCGGCGCAAAUGUCCUGCGUCGUGACCAUGAUGAGCGUCAUCUGCCGCACCGACUGGAAAAUUCAGGCGGAAAGAGCAAAGGUUCUUACCGGCGGUGACGACGAAAGCAGUUCCACCAAUGGCGCCUCUGUUCCUAGUGGCGAUCAGCAGCCCUCGGAUAAGCUCGUCAAUAUUAAAAUCGACCAGCAACGGUGAUGGGCUCUGUUACGUUGUUGAUCAUUUCCUCGUCACACUCUGUAAAUUAUUAAUACAUACUUUUCAUCCUUCAUUUUUGAAUACUCUUUCUCUCUGUUUCUUCAACACCAAACCAUAGCAGGGAGUAGGAAACCCAAUCUUGAAUCCAUAGAUACAAAUAUAAUACUUCAUUGGAGUCGGGGGAGGAAGAAAUGUAAAAUCUGUUCUUCUUUUUGCCAAUUGUUAUAGCAUGGGUUUUUUGUUCUUCUUCUUUUGAUUUUGGACUCCAUGUUGUAAUUUCUGGCUUUGAAUACAAAGGCGAAAUCUAUGAAGCUACUGUUCAUACAUGAGAAUCGUGUUCUGGUAGUUCUCCUCUGUUUUCGAUUCACGUCUGUUCCAGCUGGUUCGAGAGAGAGUAAAGGAG